AUGCUCAACAAUUACAACUGGUGUACGGUGCUGAUUCACCGUACGGUAUUGCCACCACCUAUAAGAAGCUUCGAAAAAUUUCUGCGGCGGAGAUUCCUUGUGCGAUUGAUGGAACAAUCAAGAAUUGGCAGACUAGGUAUUUCCAUUCAAGGAGCAGCGGGAAAAGGACGUAGUGCUGUCACCCUUGGUGCUGACUACGUUGAUUUUAACUCCGGAGGUUGCCUCACAGCCGGUCAUACUCUCACCAGUGCUUAUGGUUCCUGUAGUACUUUCUCCUGCAAUCUUCGGGCGCUUGCUCCUUUCAUUCUUAGUCCUCUUGUACUCUCACCAUUUAUCAUCCAUCCAGUUGUGUUGACACCACUCAUUUUGACUCCUUUCUAUUUAUUUCCUUUCAUUAUCGUUCCAAACGUGCUAUCACCCCUCAUCCUGUCUCCAUUUUUUCUUUCGCCACUCAUACUCGCUCCACCUGCGGUCUCAGCUUUCGUACUUACUCCUUACGCCCUUUCGCCAAUUAUUGCUUCUCCUGGAACUUUAUUCGCAUCAGUGCUUUCUCCAUCGUGGCUCAGUUAA